AUGGAAAAUGAAGCACGUAUCCCGCAGAAGGGAUUCCUCGCAAACGACGACGAUGCUGUCGCCAUCAAACUCCCCCCUCAUUAUGAAGUGGAUGGUUGGUUGGACGCUAGUCAUUCACCAGAACCACUGAUGCCGGUCGACGCUCUGCGUACCAUAAUCAACUCGUAUCGAAAAGCGAGACUCAUUCUCUACGAGACUGGCCGAUUGCAGAUGUCACCUCAGCAACGACUGACCAAAAGACGCAUCAAAUUGAAAGAAGACGCUUUGGUUCUGGACCAGACUCUCGCCGUACUAAAUCGUGACCACCUUUACAAAGGAAUCGGCCCGCCUGAUAGAACUUUUUCCAAGUCGGACCACCAGGUUGCCUUGACUGCCAUGAAAGAUCAAGAAACAAAAAAUAAGAUAGAUGUGUUCAUGAGAGUAUGCCGCGGGGUCGAAAAGGACUUCCGAGACUCCAUACUGACUGAGCUGAGGGACGGCAUGAUCGACACGAAGAAGGCGGUUGACCAUAAAAGAUUACACGAACAGCUGAAGACUUUGCACAAUAGACUGCGACAAGCUCAUUCGGAGGCUGACAAUGCCAUCAACGAAGUCACAGAGAGGCUCAGGGCAAUGUAG